AUGGGUAGACCAUCAUGUGCCUGGGGUUUUCAAAGGAAUCGAGAACGAUUUAAACAUCUACUCGAUGAAUCACAGAAAAAUAAUUAUCUAAGUGGCAAAUUCCUUGUCAUACCAGCGGUAUUUCCCCAGUUAUCUACGGAUGAUGUGAAAGACGCCACCCUAAAAGCUAACUGCCUGUCUUUGUUACGGUUCGAAAAACACCGACAGCUUUUUAUCGACGAUAAUCAGUUUACAGUGCUUUUCAAGGAUGAAAACGGAAAUAGGAUAACACUGCCCAAGCUGUUGCCAAACUUUUAUGACAAUCUGGAAGUUAUUAAACGACAAAAGUCACCGAUACUUUACAAAGCAGACGAAAUGCCUCCUAAGGCGAUUAAUUUUGUUCUAGCUUUCCUAAAAUGCAUUGAAAAAGAGAAAUUUUACUACGCCGAACACUUCUCAGAGUUAAUUCGUCAGGAAACUGUGCAGUGUUAUGACCGUGGUAAAUUACUGGCGAAAAUCAGAAUGUUCUACAAAAAUUUCUUUGAAUCUAUACCAAUUCGAUUUUUAAAUUUAUGUAAUGAAUUAUUUUGUCAAGAGCUACUCUAUAAGCAAACGAUACAACUGAAUGACAAGUAUGCUGAAGAAACAAAUCGCGUCUUCCGAAAACUUAAAAUGAUAACAGAAUGUAAUGAAAUAUACAAAACAGAAGAGGAAGAACUUAGAACCAAGUUCAAGGCUAAAUUAAGUGAAGCGUCAAUGACAGAAUAUCUAUUGAAUGAAUUCAAGUCGUGUUAUGAAUAUCAAAGAAAACUUUCUGAGGAUAGACUGAAAGAUAUGCAAGACGAUAAUGAAAUGUCGAACUAUGUAUUGAAAGUUCUUAAUUAUUACAUUUUUACUCAGCUGUCAAAUAUUGAAGAAUUGAAUCUUUCAAAUUUAGCUCAAGCUUGUUUUAAUUUACAACAAGUUAUUGAAAUAUGGGGAUUUAUUGGUAUCUGGUUUGUACAAUGCUUACAAUUAUACGAUACUAUAAUAAUAAAUAAAAUCGAUAAAUUGAUACAGAAUGAUUGGUUCAGACUUAUUGAAUCUGUUGAAAAGCAACUUGAUAUUCGUGAUAAAGAAUGCAGAAUGUAUGUACACGAAUUAGAAGCAACAAUGAAGAGUUUAGAUGAAUAUGGUAAAACUAACAGUUCAAUGGAUACAAGAAGUCAAGUGAAAUUUCUAUCAGAAUCAUUGUCUAAUCUAUUAAAAGUCGCUAAUUCAUGCUUAGAUAUGUUCAAUGGUGAAUGUGUAUUAAAUAUUGAAGAUAAUUUGAAAACAAUUGAACAGAUUCACAACCAGUGGUUUGAAUUACUUUUCCAAUCAUCUCAUUAUGCUGAAUUAAUGAUGACUAAACAGUCAACAAAUUAUGAACAAGAAGUAACUGUUCACUUACAAAAGGAACUUCAGAGAAUACUUAGGGAUUAUCGAAUUCGAUUACAAGGUGAAAAUGGAAUUGUCCAACAUUUGGCGAAAUUAAUUCGAAGUAUCGAAGAUUAUGCACAAAGUCGACAAUUAAGUGUUACAACAGAAGAUGAUGAGAAUUCAGACAGUUAUAAAGUCGAAUUAUUCAGCGAAAAAUUAUGGCAAAAUAUUCAACACUAUAGCUAUUGGGCUGACACAAUUAAACAGAUUUUGACGUGCGUUGGUAAAACAAAUAAUUGCCUAAUAUCGUCAUCAAAACAAAUUCAUCAGUCGAAUUCAGUAAAUGACGAAUUUCAUGAAAAAAAUGAUGAAAGCAGUGAGCGGACAUCUUUGUUUGAUGAGUCUGACAAAUUUACGGAUAUAAUUGAUUUAAAUUUAUCUAAAUGUCAUCAACAUGUUAAAGGGUGGUUUGAAUUAAUGAAGAACAGAGUGAUAAGUGUUGGAAAAAUGAGAAUUGAUCAAAUAAAAACUGAACAAGUGAAUACAAUACAAGAAUUAAAUAAACUUGUCACAAAUAAUUAUACCUUUGAAGUAAAGAAACAAGAAAAUAAUGCAAAUAAACAAAAUAAUCAAGUGAACAAAAGCUGCCAACAGGAAAAGAAAGACUUUUAUGAGUUAACAAUGACGUUAAUCGAGUUAGGUACACCAGUAGUACGUAAAUUGGUUCAAGAAAACAUUGAUGGUUAUAAUGACCAUGAUCAGAUAUUAUCUCUCCUGAAGUGUUUUGAAUUGUGUGCAGUACAUUGGUGUGAACUUCUCGAUACUGUGAAAACUACCAGUGCUUUACAAACAUUUAAAAAUGUGAAGAAAUAUUUAAACGCAGGUUCAAACGCAGCGAAAUUUGCAGGAAUAUCUGAACAGAGUAUAAUCAGAUAUUUACAAGCAAAUGAUUGGACAGUUAGAGAAUACCUUUUAGCUGAUACACGAAAUGGUCAACCAAUUCGUCAGAGUGUAACCAAUCGAACUGAUGAAAUUUUUCCUUUACCAAAAGAUUUACCAAACACAAAAUUAGCGUCAUCAGCCUUAUUGAAACAAAAUGAAUACCGUAAGAUUAUUAUAAAUAUUGAAAAUGAAACAAUCGCCUAUGAAAAUGAAACUAUAUUAAUUGAAGAAAAAUGGAUUAAUGCGUGUACCACUGAAGAAUGUUUACAACAACAAAUCGGUGUGAAACAGAAUGAAUUGAAAAGACUAGAAGAAAUAUUACAAAUAAAAAUGGAAGUUCUUGAUGAUAAAAUUUAGGAUAUAUACUUGAUAAAUUAUAUAGUUUUGACAAUAGUCUUAAUAUUCCAAUGUAUAAUUUCAUAAAUGUAUGUAUAAGUAGAUAUUGAGUCUUUGAAAUUUCCAUAAAUGUACUCCUUAAAAUCAACAGUGUACUUCGACAUUUCGGUACGAGACUGUGAUGUAAUACCAAGAAGGAUGGAUAGCCCCUAACGAUCUCUGAUGGCAGUAAUACAACAAAUUAGCAUUAGUUGGCAACAUAGUCUGUUGGUUUCCGAAGUAAUGACAAGCACUUAGAAAUCUGACUCACGAUUUCAGCGGCAAAGUUAAACAUUAUAAUAAAGGUUUUUUUUAUCCCCAAUGACUGAAAAACAAAGCGAUAUCGCUGUUUUUACUGACAGUUAUAAUGAAA